CGCUGCGCCGCCCCCUCCCCCCGCGGCGCGAUGGGCGCGGCGAGCGGCGCCUAAAAAGCGAAAGCGAAAGCGAAGGCAGCGCCGCGCGGGGCCCGCAGGCCGCAGGCAUCGCCUCGGAGCUGUACGCGGAGGAGCGAGGCCGCGUCCUGAACGGCGGCGAUUUGGAGCUUUCUUUCCUUCUGCGGGUGGUCGCCACGGGCAGCCGGUCCGCCAUGGCGGCGUCGGGCCGGGAGGUGGUGCUGCUGCUGGGGCUGGCGAGCGUGGCGUGCUGUGCCAGCGAUGUCCAGAGCGGCGGCGGCAGCGCGCAGUUUCCGUGGGACCAGGUGAGGCUGCCCAGGCACGUCGUCCCGCUGCACUACCACCUCCUCAUCCAUCCCAACCUCACCACGCUCACUUUCACCGGCACCGUGGACAUCGACGUCGCGGUCGCGCAGCCGACGAAGGCGGUCGUCCUGCACGGCAAACGCCUGCGCGUCACCGGGGCUGCCAUCGAGGCGGGGGCCGGGAGCCCCUGCGCGGUGCGGGACGUGAGGCUGCUGCGGCACCCGCCCCGCGAGCAGCUGGCGCUGCUGGCCGCCGAGCCGCUGUGCGCCGGGCACAACUACACCGUCCGCAUCCAGUACUCAGCGAACCUCUCCGACUCCUUCCACGGCUUCUAUAAAAGCACCUACAGGACCCAGGAAGGAGAACUCAGAGUGCUUGCAUCAACUCAUUUUGAGCCAACAUCUGCAAGAAUGGCCUUCCCAUGUUUCGAUGAGCCAGCCUUCAAAGCCAGGUUUUCAGUUAAGAUUAGGAGGGAACCACAUCACCUUGCAUUGUCCAAUAUGCCACUGGUGAAGUCUGUGAAUAUAGCUUCAUGGCUUGUUGAGGACCAUUUUGAUACCAGUGUCAAGAUGAGUACUUACCUUGUGGCCUUUAUUGUUUCGGAUUUUAAGUCCAUCAGCAAAGUAACCAAUCAUGGAGUUAAGAUUUCCAUAUACACAGUACCAGAAAAGAUCAACCAGGCUCAUUAUGCACUGGAUGCAGCAGUAAAACUUCUAGACUUUUACGAGGACUACUUCAGCAUUCCCUACCCCUUACCAAAACAAGAUUUAGCAGCUAUUCCUGAUUUCCAGUCUGGUGCUAUGGAAAACUGGGGGUUGACCACAUACCGGGAAUCUGCGUUGCUGUAUGAUCCUGAAAAGUCCUCAGCAUCCUCUAGGCUUUGGAUUACUAUGAUAAUAGCCCAUGAGCUGGCUCACCAGUGGUUUGGCAACCUAGUUACCAUGGAGUGGUGGAAUGAUCUGUGGUUAAAUGAAGGGUUUGCAAAGUUCAUGGAGCUCCUGUCAGUAAACGUCACCCAUCCAGAACUGAGAGUGGAAGAUUAUUUCUUAAGAAGAUGCUUCGAUGCCAUGGAAGUGGAUGCAUUAAAUUCAUCCCAUCCUGUGUCUACUCCUGUGGAGGAUCCAGCUCAAAUCUUAGAAAUGUUUGAUGAAGUUUCAUAUGAGAAGGGAUCAUGUAUAUUAAAUAUGUUGAGGGACUUCCUGACUGCAGAUGUGUUUAAGUCUGGACUUGUGCAGUACCUACAGAAAUACAGUUAUCAGAAUACUAAGAACGAAGAUUUGUGGGACAGUUUGACAAAUAUUUGUCCCACAGUAGAUACUGAAAAAAGUGAACUACAGGGUGAUGGCUUUUGCAGAAGAAAUCAACAGUCAUCUUCAAAUGCACACUGGACCAAAGAGACUCUAGAUGUGAAGGCAAUGAUGGACACUUGGACACUGCAAAAAGGUUUUCCCCUGGUAACUGUCACCGUAAGAGGAAAGAAUGUCCACCUGCAGCAGGAGCACUACAAGAAAGGAGUGGAUACUCUUUCACCCACAGAAAAUGGGUACUUGUGGCACAUUCCACUAACCUACAUUACCAGCAAAUCUCACACUGUUCAAAGAUUUUUGAUGAGAACCAAAACAGAUGUCGUUAUCCUUCCAGAAGAAGUUGAAUGGGUUAAAUUCAAUGUGGACAUGAAUGGUUAUUACAUUGUGCACUAUGAAGAUGACGGAUGGGAUCGUCUGAUCAACCUUUUAAGAGAGAAUCAUACAGCGAUUAGCAGCAAUGACAGAGCAAGUCUUAUUAACAAUAUAUUCCAGCUUGUGAGAAUAAAAAAACUGUCGAUUUCUAAAGCUUUUGAUUUAACUUUAUACAUGAAACGGGAAACACAGAUCAUGCCCAUACUCCAAGGUAUGAAUGAGCUGGUUCCUAUAUAUAAGCUCAUGGAGCGGAGAGAGAUGGAUGACACAGAAAAACAGCUGAAGGACUAUAUAGUCAAUCUAUUUAAGGACCUAAUUGACAAGCAGCUUUGGAGUGAUGAAGGUUCAGUGUCUGAGAGAAUGCUUCGGCAGUCCCUGCUGAUGUUUGCAUGUGUGCGCAGGUACCAGCCCUGCGUGGACAAAGCAGAAGAGUAUUUUUCAAAAUGGCAGAAAUCCAAUGGAACCUUAAGGCUGCCAGCAGAUGUGAAGACGGCAGUAUAUAUCGUUGGAGCACAAACAUCUGAAGGUUGGGAUUUCCUUCUUAGUAAAUACCAGCACCACUCCUUCAGUGUAGACAAAGAUAAAAUUGCAUCAGCUCUCAGCCUCACCAGGAAUAAAGACAAACUUCAGUGGCUAAUGGAGGAAGGUCUGCGUGGUGACAUCAUAAAAACUCAGGAUUUUCCAUACAUUAUUGUGUCUGUUGCCAGAAAUCCAUCUGGCUAUCAUCUCGCUUGGACCUUCUUAAGGGAGAACUGGGAGAAACUCAUUGAAAAAUUUGAACUCGGUUCAUCAUCCAUAGCAGGCAUUGUCACUGGAGUGACAAAUCAGUACUCAACAAGGCCACAGCUUGCACAGGUAAAAGAAUUCUUCAGUUCUCUGGAGGAAAAAAGUGCACAGCUUCGUUGUAUCCAGCAAGCCAUUGAAACCAUUGAGGACAACAUAGAGUGGAUGGAUAGAUAUUUUGAGGAAAUCAAAAUGUGGCUGCAAAAGAACCAGCCAUAAAUUAGGAUAGCUUGUUUAUAUUUGUUAGAAAUAAUUGAAAGGCACUGAAAAUACAGGGCUGGAGGGAAAGCUAAGCCUGAGACAUUCAUUCUUCUGGAGGGAGCUCUCAGCCUUCUGCUGCUGACUGAAAAUAUUUUUGUAUUUUUAAGUCACAUCAUGGAAAGGAGCAUGCGUAUUUUGUGUGUGUGAAUCUAAGAUGAUUAAACAGUUUGUUUUAGCUGGAAAUUUUACUUUUAAUGAUCCCUUGUACAACUAACUGAAGUGCAGCUACUGCUAUAAAUACUCACUGAUGG